AUGUCGUCUGUUAUCACUGCUUUGACACCUAACCAGGUGAACGAUGAAUUGAACAAGAUGCAAGCCUUCAUCAAGAAGGAGGCCGAAGAGAAGGCUAAGGAGAUUCAGUUGAAAGCUGAUCAGGAGUAUGAGAUUGAAAAGACUGGGAUUGUCCGUAACGAAACUAGCAACAUUGACUCGAAUUUUGAGGACAAGUUGAAGAAAGCUUCUUUGAAGCAACAGAUUACCAAAUCUACUAUCGCUAACAAGAUGAGAUUGAAAGUUUUGAGCGCUAGAGAGGAGAAUCUGGAUAAGAUCUUUGAUAAUGCAAAGGAAGAGUUGCAGAAAUUGGCCAAGAAAGAGAAACAAUACAAGCCUGUGCUGCAGUCUUUGAUAGUGGAAGCUGCAUUGAGACUUCUAGAGGAUAAAGUUAUCGUUCAAGUGGUUGAGAGAGAUCAGAAGUUGGCUAAGUCUUUGAUCGAUGAUGUUACCAAGGAUUACAAGGAAAUUGCCAACAAAGAUGUUACCAUCGUUAUCUCUGACAAAUUCUUGAACAAAGACACCGCAGGUGGUGUUGUGAUCACCAAUGAAAAUGGCAAGAUCAGAGUGGACAACACUCUGGAAGAGAGAUUGAAGUUGUUAAGUGAAGAGGCUUUGCCAGCUAUUAGACUUGAAUUAUUCGGUCCUUCCAAAACGAGAAAGUUCCUCGAUUAG